GACUCGACGGCGCCAGGGACGGAGGGAAUCGCAGCCCCCUCUGCAAAGGGCGGAGGCGGCUGAAGGCUGUCGGCGGCCAAGUAGCCAAAGUUCGGCGCCCUCCCCGCCUGCCGAGGCUGCGCGAGGAAGGCCACCUAUAAAAGCCGGGCGGGCUCUGCCCUCCUCUUUUGCAAGUGGCUCAGAGGCGGAGUUGAGAGACUCGGAGCGCCUCUCGCCAGCCCGGCCGCCACUGAACCACCCGCCGGCUCCACGCUGACUGCAAACGCCAUGGCUGUCUGGAGCGGCUCCGACGCGAGCGCGGGAGGCUCGGCCCGGCCCAGCUUGACCUCGGUCUCGUCGGGGGAGCUGCAGAGUCUGCGGACGUGCAACUGCGAGCUGGCCCUCUUGCCGCUGCGGCAGCUGCUGCUCCUGCAGCCCGACUCCUUCCAGCUUCAGGGGGACACGAUGGCCGUGCUGAGCCCGCCCAGCCGCCGGCCCGGGGGCGGCUUCACGGUGAUCAGCGACGGCUCCCUGUACGUGGACGGGCAGCGCCUUUGCCGCCUCGCCGGCUACUUCAAGAGGCACGUAGAGCUCAACACCCAUUAUGACUACAAAAACUACCGAGAGACAAUUCUGGGCCGUCCGUUGGUAUUCUUCGUUAAUGUCCGAACAAAAUACAAUUCUUCGAAAGAAAAAACGUAUGCUUUGCUUGUGAACACUCGCCACCCGAAAAUAAGAAGGCAGAUAGAGAAUGGUAUGAACAGCAUAAUAUCCUCUGUGUUUGGAGAAAACUAUAAACUUAAGUUUGAUUUUCAAGAUGCUGUAAAGAAAUUCUUUCCUUCAGGAGCCCAUUUGGUUAAUGGAGAGAACUUGUGCUUUUCCUAUGAGUUUAAAUCUGAUGCCUUAUUUGAUUUCUUUUACUGGUUUGGGAUCAGCAAAGACACUGUCUCAGUGAAAGGAAAAGUUCUUAAUUUGUCCAGUACCAAUACAGAGAAGAAAGAAAUGAUAAUGAAGUUUCUGGAUAAAAUGAGUGAACCUAACCUACGUUCAAACAGCUUUUCAGACAGAAAGUUCAGUGUUACCUCCAGAACUUCAGUAGAUGACGUGUUCAAUGGCAACUUGACACCACAGUCGUCUUUUAUGGAGUCACCUUUCACUGUUUGGUCCAUUUCAGCAGUUCAAGAGCCUGAAGCCUGACCAAAUACAGUAGUCGGGAUUGCCUAAGUGGAAGAGAUGAAUUGGAUAAAGAAGGAAUACACAAGGGUAGAGCUGUCCUUAUUGCAGAAUGCACGAAGUUAACAAAAGGAAAUUUUGCUCUUUUGUGUUUUGCCUAACAUAGACAGACAGCUUUUGCAUUCCAGCCAUUUCCUUGGCUUAAGGAGAAAUCAUCUCUGACUCUUGACAUGGCACCUCCAGAGUUGACUCUCAGCAUUUAAAGCUGUUUGCACAUGACAAGAGCUUUCUUGAGAUAAGCUGUUCCACUUGCAUAUAGAUGCAGAGAACUGAUUAGAGUAGUUGAAAUACCAAUUUCCAAGUUUUAAAGGGAUCUUUGAAAUUGUGAGCAAUUAAUCAGUUGAUUUUAUCAUUGCUAGAAUGCUUAUCAUUGUGUCUUAUACUGGUUUUAAAAACUAAUUGAAUUCUUUUAACAGCCUUUUAAAAAGGCUAUUAAAUAAUAUCAAAUAUUAUUUCAAGAUAAAUUUACUGCCGUCUUUUAAACAAUGGGCACUGGGAGCCUGGAAGAACUGUUUGGCCCCAAGCACUUUAAAGAGGUACUCUGAAACUGCUUUAUUGCCCAGGUUUGUACCUGUUCCCAAUUCUGGAAAGAUCCUAAUUUUGUGAUCUUUUGAAUUUGAAUUCAGAACAGAGUGAAAUUCUAAUCUGGACUUGAUUAAACAUUUUCUGUAUCUUUUCCUUUCCUCUUGUAAAGAUCAGUAUCCUGUGCUUGCUUUCCACAAGUGGAAAAAAAUUAGGUUGGUUGUCCACAUUUUUUUCAUCAAAGGACUUGUCAGUGGGCACCCAGUCUGGUGGUCUGAAGUCUUGAUUCUGCAAAUCAUGGAAUUAUGAAAAAUACACCAUAUUCCACAAGUACUACAGUCUAGUUCAUCCGGAUCUUGUAUUUUAACCCUAAUCACAAUAGAUCUUAAAUGUGUUUCUUUUUUAAAAAAUCUCAUAGUAGCAAAUAGCAUUUACUUGUUUUUGUGGCAAGUCCUCUAAUUUUUGCUUUUCACCCCUUUGUCAAUGGUAAAAAAGAUAUUUAUACUUCAUGAGAUCAGUACUUUUGGCUUUAUGUUCUCUUGUUAGUUACCUUGCCUAUAUCGCAACAUGAUGAUAUCUUGUCAUGUAGGGUAGACAAUGCCACAGCAGUCCUAUUUAAUUCACACUCUUGCAGUUAUGGGAUUAAUGGCACGAUUGUAUUUUGGAAGCAAUGCUAAAAGUAGGCAGAGCUGUGUAUAGCUUGCGGAAUUCAGCCUGAGUUGGUAUGGUGUAGGAUGCGGCCUUGUGGGCAGGGAUACAGCCGUGGUGGCAGUGUGCUUGCCGUAGGAAACUCAAGGUUUUCAUUUCAUUUUUAGUAUUAGGACAGAUUACGUUUUGUCCCUAACUGUUUGGUGGUGGUAUCUACAAUACACAUAGUAUGGAUUUUUAAAAGUACUAAAUUCCCCCAAUGCACACAUUGUUAUUGCUACAAAGGCUUGACUGUCCCAAGAGCUAGCUGCUGCUUUUACUUUUUCUGUAGAUAUGGUGGCCUGGGACUUGCCACUUUCAGUCAUUUGAGGAGAGCAUCCUGUAGAUGUAGGAGUGCUACAUAUCUGGGAAUGAAUGUCCAAAGAGAAGGGAAGUAAUGUAACUUGGAUAAUAUAUGUGCAGACUAUGAGUCUCUUGACAUGAUAUUUGAAUCUAAAGAAUGUUAUCUGUAGAUGGCAUGAGAGGUUCCACACUAAAACUCCAUAGUGUACCUGAAUCUUCCAAACUGGAAUAGUAGGUCACUUAACAUACACACAGCAUAACUUAACACAAGCCCCAUUUUUGUAUCGUUAAUGGACAACAUGGAAGUGCUAGCCUUUUAUGUUUUAAGGGGAUGAUUCUUGGUGUAACUGUAUUAAGCUUAUUACUGUGCAGGAGUUUUUAAAAAUAGCAUUUGGCCUUGCUUAUCUAGAGAAUGAAUCCAGCAACAAUUGUGUUCAUUUUUUCCCAUGAUCCUAUUAAGAGAGUGCAUUUAAAAUGUCUUCAUUCUGUAAACUUAUUUGAAUACUACUUGGCAAAGACACUUUAUAUAAACACAGUAGCCUCUUAAGUCCUUGUAAUAUAUACUUUGUAAAAACACCAAUAAAAGAUUUUUUACAUAGA